AUCGCCACCGGCGGCGGGCCUGGCUUCAUGGAGGCGGCCAACCGCGGCGCGUCGCGCGUGCCGGGCGGACGCUCGGCGGGCAUGGGGAUCUCGCUGCCGUUCGAGACCGGCCUGAACCCGUACGUCACGCCGGAGCUCGCCUUCGAGUACCACUACUUUUUCACGCGCAAGUUCGCAAUGGCCUACUACAUGCAGGCGCUGGUCGCCGCGCCGGGCGGUUUCGGCACCAUGGACGAGUUCUUCGAGCUGAUCACGCUCAAGCAGACGGGCAAGAUGAACCAGGCGAUGCCGGUCGUCCUCUUUGGCAAGAAGUACUGGAACACGGUCGUCAACUGGCACGCGAUCGCUGACUUCGGCACCAUCAACCGGAAGGAGGUGGACGAGAUCCUCUUCACUGACUCGGUGGACGAGGCCUUCGACUACAUC